CGGCGACAGGAGGUGGCUAGAGCCCGCUCCGGUCGGAUCUGCAGCUCCGGCGCCCCGUCUCUGCCGGUACAGCCCAGCCCAGCCCGGCCAUGCCGCUGCCCCGUGCCCCGCUCCGCGCCGCGCUGCUGCUGCUCGGCCUCCUCCUGCGAGCCGCCGCCGCGGAGUCGGUGAGAGAAACUGAGACCAUGGAUGCUGGAUGGCUUGACUACCCUGCCUCUGGGGAUUUGCCAGAUGAUGAAGACAUUGGUGAAUUCAGGCCUCACUUAACUGCUGAUGGGUUGGACAUAGAUGAGUCAUCUGGAUCUGGAGACUACUCAGACUCUGAAGAAGGCAUAUAUCUGACCACCAUGGAUACUCCUCUGAUAUCUGACAACUAUAUCCCUGGAGAUACUGGGAGAAAGAUAGAAGGUGAGAAGAAAAACACAAUGGUGGACAAUGAAAUCAUUCCAGACAAAGCUGUACCUGUCGAAGAGAACCUGUCCAACAAGAUCUCCAUGGCAAGCACAGCCAACAGCAGCAUCUUUGAAAGAACAGAAGUCCUUACAGCUCUCAUUGCAGGAGGAGCAGUGGGCCUCCUGUUUGCCAUCUUCCUAAUCCUCCUCUUGGUCUAUCGCAUGAAGAAAAAGGACGAGGGCAGUUACGACCUGGGGAAGAAACCCAUCUACAAGAAAGCCCCCACAAACGAGUUCUAUGCUUAAAGCUCAGCAGCACCUUGUGCCCAUCAAGGGACAAACAAACUGUAUGGAAACACUGUGCCCUCAGAUGAGAUGUGCUGAACAAAUGCUCUUUUUGGAUUGAAUUUCAAAGUGACUUUGAGAGAAAAAAAAAAAACAAACUUCCUUCGUGACCCUUCCCAUCCUGCUCAGCUAACAAGGGCCCAAUGAAAUACAAAGAGUCUGAAAAAAAAAAAAAACAACUCAGUGUAUUUUUUUUUUUCCUAAGCUAGUGUAAAAAGAAUAAAGAUGCCAAAUUUUCUGCUUGGUUUUAUAGAGGGUAUAUAAACACAAACCAGACUGUAUGGAAGCAAACACCAUGUGUUUGCAUCCAGCGUGCUGUGUUGGGAUUGGCUGCUUCUAUAGAAGAUGGCUUUUUUUAUAAAUCUCGCUACUAGAUGUCUUGCAGGCUGUUGAUGUGAAGCAUUUUUGUGGAGAACUAUUUAUGAAUCUCUUACACUACAGAUAAUGUUGCCUUAUCAGGGAGUAAAAGGCCCACAGGGGCUCAAAAUCCCUGAAUGCCAUAAGGGGCCUAUGGGAAUGUCUUCCCCAGGAGACUUCUGUCUCUUCCUGUUGGCCCCAGGCAAGGGUCAUUAGUCCUUGAAAUCGGGACAGCCAGUUGUGUUUGGCUAUGGUGACACCCUUUCCUUGCCUUCAGUCUCUUACCUUUUUUUAAAGGAUUGCUUGUAGGAUUUUUUUUAUAACAAAAUUUUAAAGAAAAUAGCCUAAUGUUUAUAUAAAGUUUGUAGAAAUUGUUUUGAAAUAAUAAAAAAAAUAAUCUACUUUUUUAA